AUGGUUCUUUCACGAGUCGGACGUCACGGAAGCAACCCCAGUUUCAAAGAACCUCACAGUUGUUCAUCGUCUCCGCUGGACGUGGAUCAUCUGUCGGCAGUCUCUCGGCCAUAUUUCUCAACAACCAACAGCUUUCUUUUCCAGCACGGAGCAGGCGGGCGGCACGGGCUCGUUUGCGAGGACAGGGGCGACCUCGUUCCAUGCAGCCAAUCCCUACAAUUCAAUAAACUGAUAGCUGUUGGCCCUGCAACAAAGUCGCUCACCUUGGACGUUGAAGGAUACGGCCCGUCGUUCCAGGCGGCCUGGUCGCGGAAAAAAGAGACUGAUCGAAUGUGUCUGGCCUGGUCUGGUCUGGUGUAG